AUGUCCGACGUCCCACCUACUGAACCCGUUCCACAGCCAGAAGAACAGCAUGCUCCAGCACCACAACAGGUUCCACCUCCACAAGGCUCCCCACAGCAACCUCAGUUCCAACAAGGACCUCCGAAUUACUACCAAUUUCCACCUCAAGGUUACUACCCACCACAAGGCUUUCCAAACUACCCACCACAAGGCUUUCCAAACUACCCUCCUCAACCCAUGCCUUACUUCCCUAACCCUUGGAUGUUCAUGUCAAACCCUCCACCCCAAUUCAAAUUCCAAUCUCAGUCCAAGAGAGACCAAGAGUUCGAAGAAGGUCUGAACCGUUUACGCAAAGAGUAUGCCACAGCCCCUAUGGAAGAAGACAGGCUCUCACUCUCUUCCCUCAAAUCGACCGAUUCGACUCGUACCACAGAUUCGGUUCGUGACCGUGAAGACUACCUCAAGCAGUCUGAGAGACUCUUCAUCCUACAACCAUUUACAACUGGAGCUCUCAAGAACAUGCGCAAUUACGAAGGUCAGACACCAGCUGGAGACCGCAAAACAGACGUACUCGCAAGAGCAGUCCAACUGGUCAAGACAAAGACUGAGAUAGUCGACUUCAUUCUUGCAGCUUGCCCAUACAAGUAA